UCCCAAAGGUUAAGAGCAGAAGAGACGCCUCAGGAGACAGCGCGCAAAUCUCCCUCUGAACCUCUGGGAAAUAUGCAUCCUAACUUGGUGAGCUGGUUGGGGACUGUGGGCUUCCUGCUGUGGGCGCUGCUGUGCCUGGGCAGCCUGACGGAGGGAUACCCGGUGAAACCGGAGAACCCCGGGGAUGACGCUCCGGCGGAGGAUCUGGCCAAGUACUACUCAGCCCUGAGACACUACAUCAACCUCAUCACAAGACAGAGGUAUGGAAAGAGGUCCAGUCCUGAGAUUCUGGACACACUGGUCUCAGAGCUGCUGUUGAAGGAAAGCACAGACGCGCUCCCACAGUCAAGAUAUGACCCAUCAUUGUGGUGAUGCUGUCAUCAGUGUUGGCUCCACCUCACCGCUGACAUUCUGACCUCUACACAUCUGUCACUACAUACCCUCCUACACCAAACGACCACCCUGCCUCUGUCCCUUUUACCUUCAUGAGCCGCCACGUAUAUUCAACCCCUCCUCCUUACUCAUCAGCUACAGUCACAACUGCUUGUGCCAUAAAAUUGUAAAUAGUUUAUUCAGAGUUCUCAUCUGUGAAACAUAAAAGUAAUGUGGGGGAGGGCAUGUUGAUUGUAUUGUAUAAUUGUGCUAUUAAAGAUUAAUUGUUUGAAGAGA